AUGAGUUCUGUGCUCGUUCGUCCCUCGCUCUCCGAAGGACUCAGCAACAAAUCCCCCGCCAUCCAGAACGGGAGCUUCGAAUUCGACCGCGUCCUAAAGAGCGGCCGUGUCUCCCGCCGCGUCAAACACAAACACGUCUUCCGCGCCUCCUGGAAACCAGCAUAUCUCGUUCUCCGACCAAACCUCCUCUCCGUCUACAAAGAUGAAGAAACCACCCGUCUGCGCGUCUCAAUCACCCUCUCCGACGUGACAGCCGUCGCCUCAGUCCGCUCCUCGCGCUCCCACCGCAAACACGUCUUCGGAGUAUUUACCCCAUCUAAGAACUAUCGCUUCGAGGCCCCCUCCGAAGCCGACGCGAUAGACUGGAUCCGUCGCAUUCGCAUCGAGUCCCCAGCGGACGCGGACGAGGCCGCCGUCGCUGCUCUACAUACCAGACAAGAUCCCCCUACAAUCCAGAAACAUCUCAUAGACGACACAACAGAUCAAGAGCCUUCCGACUUCGAUGUGGCGGGGGGUCGUCCUAGCUCCCCUGAAUUGACCCGCGCCCUGUCUUCUGGUGCCCACUCCCGCAAACCCCCUUACACGCAAGACUACUCCGGAAACGAUGUAACAUCUUACUCCGAGCUCUCGGAUGGUCCCCCGCCUACAAGGCGCAGCUUCGGUCUACGCUCAAUGCCCUCCAUUCACACUUUAUCCAUCUCCGCGCCGGAAGAUAGACCUCUAUCCAAUUCCCUUCCGCGAGAUUUAAGCCAGAACUCUGAAUUGGCGAUUCUGCGUGAUCCGGAGCGCGUCAUUUGUCAGGGGUAUCUGCAGGGGCUACGAAUCAAGGGCACAGUGCGUCAGUGGAAACGGCUUUGGGUCGUUCUACGUCCUAAAACCCUCGCUUUUUAUAAGGAUGAGCAGGAGUACUCGGCUCUCAAGAUUGUGUCCAUGUCGCAGGUUAUUGAUGCUGCGGAGAUUGAUCCUUUGUCGCGCUCGAAGAAGUUCUGUCUCCAGAUUAUCGCAGAGGAAAAGACGUAUCGUCUUUGUGCGUUAGAUGAGGAGUCUUUGGCUCGUUGGCUCGGCUCUUUGAAGAGUAUUAUUGUUGCUCGUAAGAAGCUUGAGACAACGAGUGUUACAGCUGCGGCAACAUAA